GAACUCGGACGUUCCGUGUGUCGGAGAUCGCCAUGGCGACCCAGGCGACCCAUGGCCGAGGUCGAGGAAGCGAAGUACUGAGGCAUAACCCGGCCCCCGAGCGCACUGGAUAUGCAGGCCAGCUAUCGGCUGAAGCCACCGCAAGCGCCCUGCAGCUCCGUCAGAUGCAAGCUGAACUGGACAAAACCAGGCGGCAGCUUGAAGAGGAACGGCAGGUCUCGCAAAAGUAUCGAGAACUGUUGGUGAGCCAGCGUGCAGCGUACACGCAGGAGAUCACGUCGCUGCAGAGCAACAACGACCAUCUGAGUCACGAGAUGAUGGACCUAAUCCAGGACUUGGAGAGAACCUUGUCUUCUGCACUGGAAGGAAAGACAGAUGAGUUAGCCACUAUGAAGCGCGUCCUCUCCGAGCGCUGUUUGGAAGCCGCGACGCCGGGCCCUGUGGGCCCUGUGGGCCCCGUGGGCCCUGUGGGCCCUGUCCUAAAAUCGGAGAAGAGUGAGCGUCUCAUACCAAGCUGGAACGAGAUGCUUCGCCAUGCCUUCAAAGAUGACGACGGCUCCAGCAUCGGUAGCGUCGUGACACGCUGCGCCUCCUCCCUCUCCAGUUCUCAAACCUCGCUCUCCGAUGCGUGAUCUAUGCACAGCAACUUUAAUGGUUUCCGGGUAUUAUUAUUGGCACACCCAGCAGUGCGGCACGUGGCGCCAUUGUUGACUGCGUGGUCGUUUCACCCACGUGUUGCGGACGUGAUCUUUGCCGAAGUCUUGGUGGAACGACUUGUUAUCGAAUGUCCAACCAGGAAUGACGGAUAUGUGUC